GACGUAUUGUGCCACAAGAAGGCUUGUAUAACAAUCCAUUUUAUUUAUAUAACUAAUAACCUUCUUUUCAUUGUUCUUACAAAUUUUGUUUUUCAUCUUUAUCAUCUUUGUUGUAAAAUCCGUUACUUUCAUAAUGGAACACAUAGGAACAAAAAAAUUUUGGGUAUAUGUAAAAGAUACACCAAGAGUGACAUCAGUUAAAGUAUCAGUGGAUGAAACAGCAGAAACAAUAAUUGAACAAGCAAAACCAAAAUAUGGACCAGAAAUUUCACAAUAUUCUUUAAUUGAAUUAACACUUGUUGAUAGUACGGGAUUAAUUAUAGAUCCUACUACUGAUAUUAAAGACAUUACAGAUGAAAAUUCUAGAGAUAAACCUUUUGAAAUUAAAAUAAUUAAUAAUGAAGGUAAUUUCGUGGAAAAUAAAGAUAUCCAAAUUUUUGUUCUCAUAAAAUAUGAAGGAGAUGGUGUUUAUUAUCCUACGGCAGUAAAUUUUAAAAGUCAAUACGAUGUAGAUGAAUUUCUCGGUAUACAUCAUUUACAAUCUGUUGAUCUUGAAGGAAGACCUACUGGUACUCAUAGAACUCGUAAAUAUAAAGAUCUUAUACCAGAAUCCUACUAUAUCGUUGCUUAAUAUUUUAGACAAAUAUUAUUGAAUUUAUUCAGUCUAAAAAGUUAAUUACUCAUAUAAAUAAGUAAAUUCACUGUAUAUUAUUCCUCAUCUUUAAAUAGAAAUAUUACAAAGGUUCUCUUUUUUUUUUUAAAAAA